GAAUUCAUUUCAACCCCCGUGCUCGCUGAGUGAAGGAUUGCGACACUUGCUGAGGCUGUUUGGUAUCGUUCCUCCUCCUAUCCACCAGCUGCCGACUGGAAAAGUGGAUCAGUCCUUCAAGUAACUCCGUAUAGUCAUAGCAACCAUCACCGGGACAACCUGUAAAUAGUUGUUGUUGAAUCCUCCAUAAGGGUGGUUGCUGAAAUACAGGACGGUUGCUCUGAGUCACCGACAUUCAACGACGAACAGUCACUGUAGCAGCAUCCACUGAUCUCAUCAAGAGAUGGAUAUGUUCACUGCAACAAGCGAAAUGGCCACGACAAUGGUACCAGAAAACAUGACAGUCGUUAGCACCAUGUCCGAUUUUCUGUCGUCUGAUUUCAGGACUGACGCAGUUGAGGCAACUAGUGUCACUACAAGCAUGACAUCUGCGUCAUUGAUGGAGUCCACGACACAAGGUGACGGUCGCAACUUUCGCUUUGAAGACCCCGUACAGCGGAUCAUCAUCGGCUGCGUCUACUGCCUCGUGGCAGUCGUUGGCUUCGCUGGGAACUUCAUGGUCAUCCUGGCUGUCAUUCUGUCAAGGAAACUCCAAAGUCGCAUCAAUGCAUUUGUCGUCAACUUGGCCGUAGCUGACGUACUUAAUUGCUGUGCUAUUCCGUUCACAGCAGUGGCUCUGUUCAGCUUGGGUGGAUGGCCUCCCGAAUUACCUCCUCUACUUUGUUCCUUCAUGGGCGGUCUUCACUUUCUUAGUCUCGAGACAAGUGUCAUGAACUUGGCAGCCAUUGCCAUUAAUCGGUAUGUCCUCAUCACCAAGACGAGUGCUACGUACCGCUCCAUCUACACACCUAAGAAGAUUGCAGCUAUGGUGGUCUUCACAUGGGUUUACUCAGCUCUGCUCUGUAGUUUACCCUUUGUCGGGAUCGGGAUGUUUGGAUAUUCGGAGAAAUACAAGACUUGUAACCAAGACAACUCCUUGGAAACCAGCGAUCUCUUUAGCCUCCUGGGCUCUGCCCUUGGAUUCCCAAUUCCUCUGAUCGUCCUGGUGGUGUGCUACAUCAAGAUUUACCGCCACAUCAAAGGCCACAUGAAGAAGUUGUCGGGUAACGAUGUGCAGCUAGCCGAGACAUCAAACUCCUCCACCGCCAGCACCAAGCGACUCACCAGGAAUCCACCUGCCAGCUUCAAUAAGCGACAGGUGCAAAUCACUAAGAAUCUGUUCUACGUGGUCUGUGCCUUCGUUGCUUGCCUGGCUCCCUUCGGCAUCGCCCUGAUGGUACCACCCAGCGAUCCAGCCAUUCCUUGGACCGGGAUGAUCGCCAUCGUCAACAGCGCUAUCAACCCGAUCAUCUACGGGGCCAAACACCCACACUUCAAGGAGGUGUUUCGUCACAUGUUGCGGUGCCGGUACCGUAUGAUCCCUGAACCUUCUGGAUGCCUCCGUAAGAUCAGAUCUAGAUAAGAUGCUCCACAGUUGCUUUUCAUAGCAUACGGAGCGCGAGAACGAGAACAUCUCUUAACUGACUGAAUGAAGUAAGGGGGGUGAAGACACUCGAAAAAUAAAUUCUGCCGAUUAAAAAAUUCCCCGUAAAUGACUGAAUUGUUUUUGAAGUGUUUUUUUUUUUUUAAAUCAACGAUUUCCUCUGCAUUAUUUCUGUCAGUUUUAUGAAACGAUUCAAAACAAAUGACUUUUUUUGGUAGUUUAACCGAAUUUUUUUUUUUAUGUAUUAAGUAUUAAUGAUAUAACAUGUACGUCUCGUGUGAAGAAAAAAACGCCAACUGGCGUUUAUUUGCAGAUAUUUUUUUUCAAUAAUCUUAAAUAAAAAAAAUCCGUAUGUCUGUAUGCCGAAGCUUAAAAGUGCACAUGGCAAGUGACAUCUGAUGAACUUAUAUAUUAAUACAUGUAUCCGAGACAAUUGUAUAUGAAUUUACAAUUUCGUCAGUGAAUGUAUUGCAGUGUAAUUAGAUAUGUAAUUUCCAUCUUUGCAUGUAUGUUUACCUUUAUAAUUAUAUCAAUGUUAUAAUGUAUCACAUGUUAUCUUUAAGAUGAACUUAAGGUCAAAUUUUAAAAUCUUUUUAGAGUAAAAGCUACUGCGAUUUUGUGUUCUCGUUUACUGAAAUGUAAAGGUCAUCAUUAUCAACGUAACAUCAAUAUACAUGUACAGCAAAGUCUAA